CAUGGCCCCGCGCUGCCCGAGCCUCCGCGCGGCGACCGGCAGCUCCAGUCGCGCAGCGGUGCUCCGCGGCCUGCACCCGGGCUCCGCGGCCGAUCCCCGCAGAGGUGGGCGCGUCCCCUCCAGCCCGCGGGCGAGGGCGGCGCCGGCAGCGACACUGGGUAAAAGUUUCCGGGACCGCGCGGCUCCCCACCCUCCCGCUAUUGUCGGGGGUCGGCGGGGCGCAGGUCGCCCCCCAGCGGCGGAGCCGCGAGCAGCCUUCGCACAAAGGCCGCGCCACAGCCUGGAGCUAGGUCCGCAGGCUGGGACUCAGCCCAGCCCCUGCAAGGUUCCCAGCCCCUGUACGGUCUCCAGCCGAAGCUCAGUUCCUAACCGGGGUUCGGUUGCCAGCUCCUCCAAGCUCCCCAGCCCCGAGCGCGACGGCCAGACGCGAAGCCACCGGCUCUGGAGGGCCGAGUCAACUCUGGUUGCGGUCUUACUAUCCCGAAGAUGUCAAUAACUGGCCCUUGGCCUAGGGACCAUGCCCUGGAUCCGUCCCUGCCAAGGAGGGAUUAAUGUUGGAAUGUACCCUCCCAUCCAACCACAGUGCCACACAACUCAGGAAUCGCUGGUGUUGAUGCUGAAAUGUCACAGGAUCUCUUCCAGGAGGAGGGUGGCAGUACAGUAGUUUACCCUACAGAGACAACAGCACACUGGAUGAUAACAGCAUACUGUAACUACAUUACCCCAGGACAGCCAAUGUCCUCAGAAGCAAUGUGUCCUUCAAUUAGACACUGAGGGAGCUUUCUGUGUUUUGAUUAUGCUGAGUUUUGGUCUACAGUAACUAGACUCCUAACUCUGACACACUAAUGCGGAUGCCUCAGGUGUUCCAGAGACCUGCCUCUUCCCAGGGCCCCAGACUAGAAUGAAAUCUUCCUUCUCUGUGCCCUUCUUUACUUUGAUUACAUUUCUACUAAGUAUUCUUUAGUUUUAUGAUUACACUUAUAAUAAAUAUUUUCUAAAACAAAACCAAGGACAUAGUGGACAAUUAUGACUAAAUUGUUGGGAAUACCAGGAGUCUGAAAUCAAGAUGGUUUCUAAGGAGUUGGGGUGCAGCUCAGUAACAGGGCACUUGCCUAACAUGUCUAAGGCCCUGAGGUCAAUCCCCAGGACCAACAUAUAACACAAAACAACCUACCCAGGUAUAUAAGUGCAUCUCAACAGAAAAAACAUUCCUUAACAGGCUGUCAUUAACUAAGAGCACAGUAUAAAGAAAAGAAAACUUGUUUAUUCAAGGGCAACAAAAAUUCGU